AUGUCGUCCGUGGACGGAGCGGGGAACGCCGCAGCGCCCAACGGCCAAGAGGAUGACUACUUCUCUCGGAAAAAGAGACUCCUUGCGGUGCUCUUCCAGUCCGUUAUCUCUGGGCCAGUCGCCCACGAGGCUGCGCGGGCGUGUCUCCGCGCGGACGUCCUGGCGGCGUGUAAGGGCGUUAGCCGCGCCGAAGCGCCCGUGGCGGACUCGCUCUCAAAGAGCUGCAGCACGACGAAGGGAGGGUGUGACCGCACAGGAGCGAACGCGUGCCGAACCACACAAAAAUCGAAGGCUGCUUCACGUGGAGGCGGCCGCCGGCACAAUGCCGAGGGCAGCGCAGGGAAAAACCGGUCGAAGCUGCUUCACGUGUCUGAAAAUAGAGCCAGCGCUACUGUCGCUUCAAAGAACGAGACUUCCGCGCCACAAAUCGGUAGUGACGGUGGCCGGAAGCGAAAAUUUUACGACGAGCAGCUGCCAGUCGGUGUGUACCGUCACCAGCAGAAGUAUGUCGCGAACUGGGUAGAUCCGAAAACCCGGAGACAAAUCAAGGUCUGUUUCCCCAUCGACGUGUGGGGAGACUCUCAAGCUCGCAACAUGGCUGCCGUUGCGAGGCGUGAGCGCUGCGUGGAUGUUGACGAGGUGGCUGCUAUUUUCAAUCGUGAAGAGCGCACCAAGACAUCAGGACGUCAUCCGAGUCCUUCGAGGGAUGACAGCAAACAGACAGCGUCUUUCAAUAGUGCUGUUAGGAUGCCAGCAGUCCAGGGUGUGGAUUCAAAAACGGAGACGCACUCGGCUCCGGCGCUCGAAAGCGCGUAG